AUGCUCCAUCACUUCGACAAAGUUGUUAUGAUGGUUGGGCUUCAGAAUGGACAGCAGGACAUUGAUGGUGAUGACGCGGUAUGCGACGCCAUUGAUCUGGAGGAUGAAGAGCAGCCAAAUUCAAAUUUCGCAAUAAUCCAGCCGAUGGCUACUCCGUUGCCUGUCAUGUCGAUGACCGUGCUUUCGAUUGUCGGUUUUUUCAUGCAUUCACGGCUAAUCCUGCUACGCGCUAACGAUACAUUCGGUGGAUUCAAGGUCAUGCUGAGCGAGUUCUUAUCUGCGAACGUGUCCUCACCUUUCAUUUUCUUCAUGGUGAAAGAGUUUGGCGUUGAUGAAGUGCCGUUUUGGACGGGAAUCUUGGUCUCGACAUUCUUCCUAUCCCAAUUUGCCGCGUCCCUUCUAUGGACAACGAUCGCAUCUUACACUUCCCCUCGGCUUGUAUUAAUCCUCACCCUAUCCGGUUCGGCACUAUCAACCGUCGUAUUUGGGUGUUCGUCCACUCUUCCGGUUGCGAUGGUCGCUCGGUUAGCUCAAGGGAUGUUUGCAGGUGGUAUUGGAGUGGCUAAGGCAGCCGUGGUGGGUAUUACUGAUGAGAGUAACGAACCGACUGUGUGGGGGAUUCUAGGGUUUUGUUGGGGGAUGGGAGGCGUUGCGGCUGCGGUCAUUGGAGGAAUCUUUGAACGGCCGGCGACGAAGUGGAAGGUUUUUGAUAGAGUGUUCUUUCGAGGACUUCCAUAUUUCCUUCCGUGUGCCAUAGCAUCAGCGGUAAUGCUCACCGGCGGUGCCUUAGCUUGUUUUCUCGCACCAGAUAUCAGACCUCGAGCCCGUCGAGUCUCUUUUGACACUGGAAAGCUGACAACCGCUGUAGCCACUUCCUUGGUUCUCGUUCAGCAUUCUACAUCCCGGAUCAGCUCGAUUCGGAGUGUCGUUCCGCGAUCUCUCGUGAAGAAGAUCUCCCUUUCACAGGUCUUCAGUGAGGGCGAUUCUUGUAUGCCUCUGCUUUCGUCCAGUCUUCCAGGAGGAUAUUCCAGUAUUGCUACCAACGAUUUAGGUUCGCGAGCAGGGUCAAGGUCGAGAUGGUUUGAUAGCCUCGGAAGGCGAUCCGUAAAUCCCCUUGCUAUCCCGAAUGACCACGAGUCGGAAGGAGUUUCUGGCCGAGGACGUGCGUUACAUCGAGUACUACGAGAGCAAGGGUCUCUCUCCCGCAAUCGAGAUAUCACGCCGCGUCCUGUUGAUCGUACGGAUACAAAUCGUUUUUUCCCCCGUUCCGAUACCUUUGACUCUGCAAUUUCCAUCCCUGUUUCUCUGUCUAUCGUAGACCGAAUAUUUCCACUGGAUGCAACCAGUGUCUCGGGCCCGUUUAUACCUGAACCUCCCGUUCCUCAUCCUCUCCCACUUGCGCCUAUCCCAGAGGCUAUUUCUUCUCUUCCUGGUAUGCUGGCGGAGAAACCUGAAGGCGGGCAGGUACAGUGGAAGGACGAGUUACCGAUAGGCUUGAUCACGCAGUAUGGGCUAUUAGCGUUACACACGACAACGCACGAUCAAGUGUUUUUGGCAUAUUUUACAAGGAAAUACGAGGAGGGUGGCGUUGGGUUUGGAGCUGAGGAGUUUGCGGGCUUGAUUGCGUUGAUGUGUGGCUUUCAGCUGGUUUAUCAGUUUUAUCUCUAUUCGAAAAUUGGACCACCUAACGGUCCCUUUACGCAUUUGACGAUCUUCCGAGCGUCAUGGGUUCUUUAUAUCAUUUCCUAUCUGUCGGUUGCCACGUAUCGAGGGGUGUUCAGUGGCGGUUCAUUGAUGGUUGCACUUGUGGGGAGCACCGCGAUAAGAUAUUGCGGAAACACGUUUGCGUUCACUUCUAUUGCGAUUCUUAUUAACACAAUGACACCUCCGUCAUCAGUUGGCUAUGCCAACGGCGUUGCGCAAAGUGUGGUUAGUCUGGCGAGGUGUUUUGGGCCUGUUUUGGGUGGGUUGCUAUGGUCUGUGAGUACGGAUCUGAACCCGUCGAUGUAUUGGAUAAGUUUUGUGGGUUGUGUUGGGGUAUGUGCGGCCGCCGUUGUUCAUGGGAUGGUUAUCGAGAUGAAGUGA